CUUUCAUAAAUCAUAAUUAUCUACUUAUCCUUGCCAUACACACCUUGCAUGUUAUUCUCUCCUACAUUUUAAAACCACUUUCAUUUUGCAGAAUAAAAGGAAUGUAGUACUUAAUAGAAGUAGGUAUAGUGUACUGUGCUAACAAUUUUUAAGAACAACAAAUGUUUUCGAUAAUUAUUCUCAUUUCCAUUUUGCUGGGUGCUGAAAUUUCAGCUGAAACGGCAGAUAAAACUACAGUUAACGUAAAAGAGAAAAUGGAAACCGAUGGAAUAGUCCCAGACACUGUAGAUGAAGCACCAUCUGCAAAAAUCACCAUAACGUACCCGGGUGGUGUGGAAGUUGAAUUUGGUGGUGAAUUAACUCCUACCCAAGUUAAAGAUGAACCGGAAGUAAAGUGGGAUGCUAAUCCAGAAAAGUAUUACCUAUUAUCGAUGGUAGAUCCAGAUGCACCCAGUAGGAUGGAUCCAAAAUUUAGAGAGGUCAACCAUUGGCUUGUCGGUAACAUCAAAGGAAACGACGUGUCUACAGGUGACGUCAUAGCCGAAUAUCGAGGCUCUGGUCCUCCAAAAGGAACCGGACUACACCGAUACAUUUUCUUAGUGUUCGAACAGAAAGAGAAAUUGACAUUUGACGAGCCCAGGAGCAUAAAGACAUCCAGCAAACAGCGGCUUAAUUUUUCCAUCAGAAAAUUCGCCAAGAAGUACAGUUUGGGGAAAGCUUUUGCUGGAAACUUCUACGUUGCCCAGUGGGACCCGUAUGUGGAAGAGAGGAACAAACAGAAUACCGACUAAUGAAAAUAAACACGAUUUUGAUGAUCCUCGAGAUAUUCCAUUUCCUUUAUCUAUCUAGCAUAUAAGUAAAUCCAGUUUUGUAGGUACAAUUCUUAUUAAGAUAAAUAAUGUAUUUUGAAAUUAGGUAAAAGUUAUUAAAACUCUUUUUAGAUA